CGCAAAGCAGGGAUGCCAGCCAGGCGUGGCUUGCAUUUGAAUAUCCAAUAUGUAUAUAACCAGCCAACCAGUCUGAUAAACACACUAAUCCAUGUGAUGAGUAGUACAGGACACGUUAUUAAAUAAAGGAACCGAUUUACCGAAGAGGAGGAGGAGGUGAAAUACGCAUUACGCCGGGUAGCAUAGGUUCGUGGCUUUGUGCGCAUGGGAUUUGACUUUCUAUGUUGAACGGUAAACUUCCUUGAUUCAACUGACAUUUUAAUUGCAUUAACAGAUCCCUUCAGUUGUGCGCCAUGGCGGAGGUCGGGGGCUUUCUAGGGACACUCGACUUGGAUUUACAGAGUUUCCCCGCAUUAGGAAGUAUGCCCUUGGCAGAGGCGCCAGCGGGGUUACUGAAUGAGAGGCUGGGACAGAUCGAGGGGAGGUUACAGCGGGGCUCGCUGACGGAUUUCGGGCACCUCAAAGGGAUUCUGCGGCGGAGGCAGCUGUACUGUCGAACCGGCUUCCAGCUGGAGAUAUUCCCCAACGGGACCGUGUACGGGACAAGACAGGACCACAGCAGAUUCGGUAUCCUAGAGUUCAUCAGUCUGGCUGUAGGGCUGGUCAGUAUUAGAGGAGUGGACGCAGGACUCUACCUGGGCAUGAACGAGAGAGGAGAGCUCUAUGGGUCGCAGAAGUUAACAGCUGAGUGUGUGUUCAGAGAGCAGUUUGAGGAGAACUGGUACAACACAUACGCCUCCACGCUCUACAAACACAACGACACCGGACGCUUCUACUACGUAGCGCUUAACAAGGACGGCUCGCCGCGGGAGGGGGGCCGGACUAAGAAACACCAGAAACUAACCCACUUCCUGCCUCGGCCUGUGGAGCUGGAGAAGAUCCCCCAGGCUUACAGAGAUCUGUUCCAAUACAGGUGA